AUGCUUCGAUUUACAUUCUUCUUUGCUCUCUUCGUCGCUUACUCCUGUUCCGCACCAGCUGAAGAAAAAGUCGAGUUGGAUAAAGUGAAUAAAUUUGAGGACAUCCCUAAGCAAUAUCGAGAGUUAAUCCCCGAGGAAGUGGCUAAACACCUCAAAGAAAUCACUGACGAUGAGAAAACUGUUCUAAGAGAGGUUAUGAAGGACUAUGCUAAGUACAAGAAUGAGGAAGAGUUUUUGGCAGCGUUGAAGGAGAAAUCGCCCAGUUUGCACGAGAAAGCCAGCAAAUUCCAAGCUUUUAUCAAGGGAAAAGUCGACGCGCUUCAGGAUGAUGCAAAGAAAUUUGUGGAGAAAGUUAGUCGCUUAGUUUAG